CUCUCUCUCUCGCUCUCUCUCUCGCUCUUUCACUCUCUCUCGCUCGUUCUCCCCCGCUGCCGCUGUUAUCGCCGUCAUCGUCGCCGUCGCCGUCGUUCUCCUUCUACGACUCUCUUGCUCGCUCGCUCGCGCGCGCUCUUUCGGCACGCAGAACACCGGAAUCCUCAGUUGGUUCAUCGCCGUCGCCAGUCGCACGUGAGGGCACAAUCGCAGCCGCUCCCCGCGAACUCGCCGUCGAACGUCGUCGUCGUCGCUCGGCACGACAGAGUUCCCGCGCGUUCCGAUCCCGCGCUCGAUCGAUGGUCCCUUUUGGUGGUGAUGUGUCGAGGAAUCGCAGUGAGAAGUAGCAGCGACGCACAUUAAUCUGACUUGAACGUGGACGAACGAGGACGUACGAAGGCCAUCUCUCCACACACGUAUACAUUUGUAUCUAGUGAUAGUGCGACCGAAACGCAAUCUGGAUCGUCUCCCUCGCGCCCGAACGGGUUCUCUCGGUGUCGAUCUAUCAUCCAAUAUGAUGGAUUCGGUUCCGGUCUCAGCUACGGGGCCGAUGACCCCGUCCCAACAGCAGCAGCAGCAACAGCAACAGCAGCAGGCGCAGAAGAAGGGAGUCUCCUUCGAGUUCUCGACCUCGCCGGAUCUGGAGACCGGCUUCGAGCCACAGACCAGAGCCCGUUCCAACACAUGGCCGUUACCGCGACCCGAAGGAUACGUCGAGGGCAACGCGCCCGCCACGAAGGAGGGCGCCGAAGGCGGCACGCCGCCCCAUCAGACCCAGCUGGCUCAGGGCGGUCUACUGACGGUGAAGAAGAACUCGUCCAGGAGGAACGCCUGGGGUAACCUCAGCUACGCUGACCUGAUCACGCAGGCGAUCACCAGCGCGCCCGAUCAGCGGCUCACCCUCUCACAGAUCUACGAGUGGAUGGUCCAGAAUGUGUCCUACUUCAAGGACAAGGGUGAUAACAACAGCAGCGCCGGUUGGAAGCCUCCGUGUGCGAUCUUGCGACGCUACCAUGUUGCCAAUAUCGUCAUCUCGAGAUCAUCUGCUCCCCCGCCCACUUUCGGGUCCGGUGCGAACGGGACCAGUAAAAGUUUCCAUCGGGAUUCCUACAUUCGUCAAUUUCUCGGACUUGUUUCGACGCAGCGUUCUAUCCAUUAAGUCGUUC